AUGUGCACGCACGCUUCACUUCAAACUUUAACAUUAAAAUUUAAAACUGCAGUGUCAGAUGAUAUGGCCUAUCUGAACAAUUCAUCAGCACACACACUCAUCACUACCACCAUCAACUACAUCCAUCCGUUUCGCCAACUACAUCAACUUGAACAGCAUCAAAACGGCUCCACAUUUUAUGUUGUGGAAAAAAGUCAGGGACAACUAAAUCAAAAAGAUUGCAACACCCAUCAAAACAUCAACUACAGCAGUCCUAACAACAACAACAACGACAAAAUGGACAACCAGCAUCACGACCAACAACCUGGACAAGAUCAACAACAGAAAUUCAUCCAACCGCAACAGCAUGCAGCAGCUUCUUCGGAUAAACUUUCUCCGGCGGUUCACAACAUCAGCUUCAUGGGACUGACAGGCGCCAUCUUUGCUUCCAUAACUUUUGGUCUCUUUUUCUAUUGGCAGGCCUUCGUGACUGCGUCCUGGGUCGUGCAAACGAAUGACGCGCAGAAUAGCACACUCUACACUGGACUCUGGCAUGUUUAUCAGAGCUAUGCUGUUAGCAACAACGAAGGUUGGUUCCUGGCCAGUCAGAUCCUCUUUUCUUCGGGAUUGGUGGGAUUCGUGCUCUCCUUCAUCCUGGCGGUCAUCUACAUGAGCGCUAACAAGGCCAGCAAGAACCUCACUCUCACCGGAUUGGUCAUAACUGCUUUCUGCACCUCUGCCAUCUUGCUCCUUGGUCUGAUCAUUCUCGGGACGUCCCUGCCGUCCGGUAAGUCCCUAUCCUGGUCGUACGCUGUGGCGGUCGUCGGAAUGGUCCUGCUGUUCAUCGGUGGGGUGCUGGCGAACACGAAGUUUCAUUUAGAAUAUUUUAAUAUUUUUAUUAAAAAACCGAAAAAAUCCUUCUUCCGAAAGUUUGUUUACCGGAUUAUCAAGCAACUAACUAACAAAGAUAUAAAUAAAAAGUUUUCAACUGGGAACAUUGUGCUGAAAGGAAUCAGGAGGGAUGACACAAUAUUCCUGAAAUGGUGUCUGAUGACGAGGAAUGUUUGUGAGCAUAGCGCAUGGUAG